GUGGACAAAUCCGGACUCGAACCGGAGACCCCCCGCAGUCAGCCCAUGCUAAGCGGAUGUGAUAACCAGCUACACCAUAUGCCCUACAAAAAGAAUCCCCUUCACUACGUUGAUAGCGUUGAUAUGACCCAUCGGACUUAUUUCAUCGAUUUCAUGUUCGCGAUUCUUGAUCGACCUGAACGUCCACGAUGGCUGACACGAUGACGAUCAAACUUGUAUUCAGCGGUGGACUCGAGUUACUAUUUGGCAACGAGCGAAAUCAAUCAGUGCUCAUCCCACCACUUGUGCCAUCUGAUAAUUCCACGCACUCUUCUCCGUCCUCAUCCCCAUCUACCCCCUCAUCACACAACGAUAUUCUUACGGGAGAGACGAAGGCGGCAGAUCUGGAGUACUUGAUUUAUCACCUUCGUGAUCAUUUACUCAAGGAGCGUCCGGAAUUGUUCAUGGAGAACGGGACGAUCCGCCCAGGGAUCCUUGUGCUGAUCAACAACACAGACUGGGAGCUUGAAGGGGAAGGUUCCUACCAACUUUGCAAUAACGAUGAGAUCGUUUUCAUCUCAACGUUACAUGGUGGAUAAAAUUCGUGUACCAUCGAGAGAAGGCUGGACAUCCCACUAGCAAUGAUCGGUACGGGGCCCAUUUCUAUAGAAGUGGACGAAACGCGUUGUUUCGCACCCCAGCUCACAAUAGUACGCACAUCGCCUACUAGAUGUGGGCUACAAUCG